AUGAGUAAAACACUGCCAUCAAAUUCUUUAUUAUCAAUUUCAACUCAAAUACAAAAUGAUAUUAAAAUAAUAAAAAAAUCUCGUAAAACAAAGAAUAAAACAUUAUCUGAUACAACUGUAUCAACUACAUAUCAUGAAACACCAAAUGUUUACAAUUCUUUAACCACAAAACCAACUAAUAAACGAACUCGAUUAGAUUCUUUAACACCAAAUAAAUUAAAACAAAAGAAAAAAAAAGAAAUUCUUUAUGAUGAUGAUGAUGAUGAAAUUGAAGAAAUAUCAUCAGAAAAAAAAUCUAUUGAAAAAAUAGAAAUAGAUCGAUGUGCUAUUUGUUUGGAUGAUUGUACAGAACCAAAACAACUUGAUAAAUGUAGUCACAUAUUUUGUAGAACUUGUAUUGAUCAUUAUUUUGAAGCAAUUAAACCUCAAUGUCCAUGUUGUUUUACUAUUUAUGGAGAAAUUCGAGGAAAUCAACCAGUUAAUGGUACAAUGACUAUUGAUACAUCUAAACAUCGUUUGCCCGGUUUUGAACAUGAUUCACGUGGUACUAUUAGAAUAACUUAUUAUUUUCCUCAUGGAAUUCAAGAUGAAAGUCAUCCAAAUCCUGGUAAGCCAUAUCAAGGAACAACUCGUCAAGCUUUUUUACCUGAUAAUCGUGAUGGUCGUCAUAUACUUGAAUUAUUACAAAGAGCUUUUGAAUUACGACAAAUUUUUACUAUCGGUCAAUCUCGAACAACAGGUUAUGAUAAUGUUAUUACAUGGAAUGAUAUUCAUCAUAAAACAAAUAUUCAUGGUGGAGUAGAAAAUUUCGGUUAUCCGGAUAAAACUUAUCUUAAUCGAGUGAAACAAGAAUUAGCAGCUAAAGGAAUUAAAUAA